CGAUUUGUCAAUUGCAAAAAAAAAAGGUUUCAGAUAACUCCAAUUACCAUGUCCGGAGGUGAAAGUCAAGAAGAAAAACAGAGCCUGGUCGACACCAUGAGGCAAUGGACGAAUAGCCAGCCCCAUCUACCCAAAGACGCAUCGGAUGGCCUGCUCCUUCGGUUCCUACACAGCUGUUACUACGAUCUGGAGAAGGCGAAAACAGCUGCAGAGCUCUUCUUCACCAUCAGAGGAUCUUCACCAGAUCUGUUGAGUAACAGAGACCCAGAAUCGCCUGCUAUAAAGAAAACUUUUAGUAUAAUAAACCGAGCCCAGCUUCAUAUAUCAGGAAACAGGAACCUCUGGAUUUGGCAGCUUAAUGACCCGGGUCUUGAUAAUUACGACUAUCUCCAAGAUGCCAAGAUUUUCAUACUGACCACAGACGCCUGGUUGCUGGAGGACAGCACGCUGCAAGAAGCAGACAUAAUCCUCAUGGAUGCCAAAGAUAUAUCCUUAAAGAUGCUAACUAAAUUUAAUAUGUCCGUGGGAAGGCGGAUAUCGAGAUAUCAAGAGGAUGCGAUGCCGAUAAGAUUGAAAGAGAUCCACCUGGUAAACGUGCCCUCGAUCAUGGACAAACUGUUCGCUGUGAUGAAGCCUCUAAUGAAGCAGGAGAUCACCGAUAUGAUACAUUUCCAUACAUCCACAUCGAGUACACUGUUCCAGUAUUUGAGUAAGGAAGAUCUGCCAGAAGACUUCGGCGGCACGAAUGGAAAAAUGGCAGACCAUACGAAAGAUGCCCUCGAUUUGGUUAUCAAACACAGGGAAAAACUGAACAGCGAUUUAUGGAUGGCGGUGGGCAAAAAAUCAAAAAACAAGAAGGAGAAGGAAAAAAGUGCAGAAGUUACUACGGGUUUCCGGAGUCUUGCCAUUGAUUAGUAUUUAUUUCAGUAGGUAGGAAAAUGUAUCAAAUUAUGCCUAAGCUGAAAGAAAUCCUAUCAUCAAGGGUCCAUGAGCUGUCGUAAUCUAUGAUUGCUUUUGUUACAUUGUUCAAAUAAGUGACAAAUUGUGCAAAUUAUUGUAUUACAUUGAAUAUACCCUUUGCGAAUCUGGGGACCAAUUUUCCAAUGGAUAUCAUAAAUGUCCAGAGUACAAAUAAUAUUAUUUAAAUUCUCGCAAUCGAUUAGAAUUAGAUCUCCGACUUUGUCAUCGCCUAGUGUAUACUGGUCGAGAAUUUGUAAAUUCUCCAAUUGAACCAGUUAGAUUAGGCUAUUUCUUCCCAUAAACCCAUGUGCGAAAAUCGGACGCAUAUAAGUUGAUAAUUUGUAAAUGUACAUACAAUUUUCUUAGUUAUAAAAAAAAAUACAGA